GCGGCGGGGGGCGGCCGAGCUGCGGGCUGGAGGGCGCCGGGCGCGCUGAGACCGUGCCACCUCCACCCCACCUCCACCCCCGGGGCACGGAGGGCUCUGCCUGGGAGACGCACAAAGACAUGCGAAGAGGGGCUGAGCGAGGCUCGCGCACAAAGACGCCGGGGCGCACUGCGGCUCGGGCUGCACCCACCACCCCCGCGCCGCGCAGCGCAGGGGCCCGGCCAGCGCGGAGCCCGGGGAGGAGAGCGCUGCGGCGGCGGCGGCGGCGGCUGCUGGCCGGCGCGGGACCCGGGUCGCCGGCGCUCUCCUGGUGACCCGGGCCCGGCCGCAGGCGCGCGCGGGGGCGGCGGCGCCCCAGCUCAACUUGGCCUCGGCCUCGCCCUCUGCCCGGCCCGCCGGUGUCCCCUCCUUCCCGCGAUUCCGUUUCUUCUCACGCUCCCCCCACCCUCCCUCCCGCGUCCAGCCCCGCUCUCCCCACCUUGUAAAACAAAGCCGGGGAAAAUGCCUGCCCGUGCAGCUCGGAGCGCGCAGCCCGUCUCUGAAUAAGUGAGUACAAUGGCGUGUUUGUAAAAGCUUCAAGUCCGUCUUUUUCAAAAACAAAAAAACCAAAAAACAAAAACAAAAACAAAAAAACCAAAAACAUUGUGAAUGCUGCAUGCCUCAUGCUUCCCAGCGCCUCGCAGGAGAGACCCGGCCAUAGAGCAGGAGAAGUGGCGGCCCCUGACUUGCUGGAUCCUAAAUCUGCCGCUCAGAACUCUAAACCGAGGCUCUCGUUCUCCACGAAACCCACCGUGCUUGCUUCCCGGGUGGAGACUGACACGACCAUUAAUGUUAUGAAAUGGAAGACGGUCUCCACGAUUUUCCUGGUGGUCGUCCUCUAUCUGAUCAUCGGAGCCACAGUGUUCAAAGCGUUGGAGCAGCCUCACGAGAUUUCCCAGAGGACCACCAUUGUGAUCCAGAAGCAGACGUUCAUUUCCCAGCACUCCUGUGUCAAUUCGACUGAGCUGGACGAACUCAUCCAGCAAAUAGUGGCAGCAAUAAAUGCAGGGAUUAUACCUUUAGGAAACACCUCCAAUCAAAUCAGUCACUGGGAUUUGGGAAGUUCCUUCUUCUUUGCUGGCACUGUUAUUACAACCAUAGGAUUUGGAAACAUCUCACCACGCACAGAAGGGGGAAAAAUAUUCUGUAUCAUCUAUGCCUUACUGGGAAUUCCCCUCUUUGGUUUUCUGUUGGCUGGAGUUGGAGAUCAACUAGGAACCAUAUUUGGAAAAGGAAUUGCAAAAGUGGAAGAUACAUUUAUUAAGUGGAAUGUUAGUCAAACCAAGAUUCGAAUCAUCUCAACAAUCAUAUUUAUACUGUUUGGCUGUGUACUCUUUGUUGCUCUGCCUGCAAUCAUAUUCAAGCACAUAGAAGGCUGGAGUGCCCUGGACGCCAUUUAUUUUGUGGUUAUCACUUUAACAACCAUUGGUUUUGGCGACUACGUUGCAGGCGGAUCAGAUAUUGAAUAUCUAGACUUCUAUAAGCCUGUCGUAUGGUUUUGGAUCCUUGUAGGGCUUGCUUACUUUGCUGCUGUCCUGAGCAUGAUUGGAGACUGGCUCCGAGUGAUAUCAAAAAAGACAAAAGAAGAGGUGGGAGAGUUCAGAGCCCAUGCUGCUGAGUGGACAGCCAAUGUCACGGCCGAAUUCAAGGAAACCAGGAGGCGGCUGAGCGUGGAGAUUUACGACAAGUUCCAGCGUGCCACCUCCAUAAAGCGGAAACUCUCUGCAGAACUGGCUGGGAACCACAACCAGGAGCUGACUCCCUGUAGGAGGACCCUGUCAGUGAACCACCUCGCCAGCGAGAGGGACGUCUUGCCUCCCUUACUGAAAACUGAAAGUAUCUAUUUGAACGGAUUGACGCCACACUGUGCAGGCGAGGAAAUUGCUGUUAUUGAGAACAUUAAGUAGCCCUCUCUUUGAAGAGCCCUAGGCAUAGCCAUAGGCUCAACUCCGCAGUCCUUUACCCCACAACUCCUGUUUGAAUACCAUACCUUGCUGGAAACAGUGUGUAAAAUGACCGAAGUGAUGAUGCCCGAAGAAGGAAUAGAUGCCAAAUUAGAUGGACAUUGAAGCAACACUCAGAAACCCUAGCGUUAAAGGCACUGCAGAGAAAUGAGGUGCAAAGACGGCCCCUCUGAGUAUUUAUUUGACUCAGGUACCAGUGGUACAUAUAUACAGUGUAAUUAUUACCAGGCCAGUAAAAUUGACUGCUCUCAAUCAGUCCCUUUUUUCCUGGCAGUAUUUAAAAUUUAUCAUUUUUGACUAACUAUAUAUACAUCUUUUAACGGUGGAAGAAGAAAAGCCAUAUAUAUAUAUAUAUAUAUAUAUAUAUAUAUCCAUAUAUAUACAUAAAUGAUCUGACAAAACUACGAAAAUGGAUAUUCUUGAAGGUGAAUUUAGACAGUUGGUGUGAAUUGCCAUUUGGAUGAAAAGAAGAUAGUAAAACAAUGUGUUACAAGCAUUUGCUAAUAAACAUUGUACUGCCAGCAUCUAUUUGCUUUUUGAUGUAUGAAAAGAUCAUAUGAUUUUCUUUCCUUGGGUGACUUUCGCCAGAUGAGGGGCGGAAAUGUAGGAGGCAGAGCUGGGCACAGCCCUAGCCUUCUGUGGGUGUACCUCUGGAGUUGUGGCUGGGUGUGAGAGCGGAGUUGAAACUGGGACCACUGUGAUUUUGCACAUGGAAAAAUGCAGAUUGCAGGCAUAAUUCAUCUCUGACAUUAGAGAAAAAGCUGUUAUAGCACAAUUUAAAUCUUGAGAGUUUUUUUUUUUUUUUAAAGAUAGUAAAGGCUGUUAAUCCUCUUUAGUUUAAUUUUAUAUCUUGCAACUCUUUGGAUGUUUUCAAGAUUCAGAAGAAAUUCAGUAAAGGCACCUAGUAGAUUGCUACUCUUUCUUUUAUUUUCAUACACAGAUCUGCUGUACAUUGUAAAUAUAAUUUGUAAAAUGCAGAAAGAAAAUGAUUUCCCUAAAUAUAAUGGCAAAACAUUACUUUUAUUCUUGGGGGUCAGGGGUGUAUCUGAAUAAGUGGCAUUCAGAUUAGGGUCUUAAAAAAUAAACCCAGGAUCUUAAAAAAAAAAAACUUAAUAGAUGCUUAUUUUCCAAAAUUUAAAUUUAAGCUAGAAAUGUAAAUAUUCAGUUAACUUGUUGAAGGUACUUUUAUAAACUUAAAAAAUUCUAACCAAAAUUUUAGAAAGUCAGGCUCUUUUAGAAGGAAAGCUACACCCAUUUCCUCAAUAACUGUUCUGAAAGUUCAUAUGGUGGAAUGCACCAUGUAUAAACUGUGAAUUGUAUUGACAAAUAAAGUUUGUAAUUAAAGUCGGCAUUUUCUGAGUCUCCUGCUUGCCGCUGAGGACUUAGAUCUGAUUCUGGCUGUGCAGAACUCCAGAACUUCACCUUUCAUGCUGAGUUUUUGUGGCUCCUUUGUUCACAGUAUUCAAGAAAUAUUUUUGAUGCAGUAUUACUACCCUUGUUAAAUACAUGCAGAUGUUCUUCUUGGCUGUUAAUCAAAAGUAAAAUCCUGAAAUUUCACUUUUAAAAUAUGAUAUUUUAAAGAGCAUAUAAAUUCAAGAUGGUUUCUAUUAAAUUAUGUUAUAUCAAUCAAUAUCUUAAAUCAUUGUUAGACUUUGUCUUGACACUGAAGUAAUUG